GGCGCGGGUCAGGAGAACGCCUGGCCUUUCCUCUGGCUGCAAGGACGGAGAAGCAGCCAGCCUUUCCCGCCGGGUGGCUCUGCGCUUCCCCGGAGACGCCCGCUUGAGGGGUGCAUCCGGCCUCCUGUCCCGCCAGCUGCUCCCUGCCCGGUCCCAGCUCCGAUUCCGCUCCAGAGGGCGGGCUGGCUGAACGAGGCUGCUGGCCCGCAGCUCCCUUUCCCCGGGGCCUCUCUCAAGUGGAGACCACCGCGGGGGGGGGGGGGGGGGGGGCCCCCCCCGGGGGGGGGGGGGGGGGGGCGAUCCCCAGCGAAGGGAGGGCUUCGGCAGGCCCGGCACUCUGCGUGACCCAGCUGCUAAGGCAGUGCCGGAGGCUGGUCCCGCGUUCCCAUGGCAACCGGGGGCCAAGCUCCCGAUCCACUAGAGCGGAGCUUUGUGCCCGGAUCGUGGGGCUGGCCCAGCCGGGCGGGGCGCUUGCCUUGGAGCGGAGCGGGGUUAGAGGGGCCUGUGUGCGCGCGCUCGCCGGUGUCUGGGCCCGGAAGCGGCGGACAUGGCGAGGAGUUGGCUGAUUCCUGCCUCCCUUGAGCCUGCGUGGAAGAGUGACCUUUGGGCCUGGACGUGUGGGCGCAAGGCGGGGAUGAACCUAGGGAGCAGCGCUGAAUCCCAGGGACGUAGAUUUCAGCCAGGAGCCAUAGAGGGACCUCCCUAGUCCAACCCCCUCACUUUAUAGGGGAGAAAACAAGACGCGGAGCUUUCCAGGGCUAGCCAAGCACAAUAAAUAGCUACCUGGCCUAGAGAUCCAGACACCUGACUCGCCUCUGAGCUUCAGUUUGCCCCUCUAUAAAAUGGGAAGAAUAAUGUGUACCCCAGCACUCUGCAAGGUCACUGUGGGGAUAGUGAGUGAAAGUUCUUUGUCAAGCAUAAAGGACCACGUCAGCAGAGUGGAGUGCCGUUCUUUUUCUAAUUAUGGAGAGCUCUAGGAAUUCUUUAAUCUUGCUUGCUUGCAUUGAUCUGCUGGGGUUUAAGCGGUUGAUGAUAGGCUAUAUCCCCCUAGGGAGAGAUGAGGAUACCACAACACCCUGCGGUAGUGGAUAGACCAAGGAAGUAGUUACGGAAAUUCUUCUCUACAAGAAGAAAGGUCUGGAGGUUGGGGCAGGGCUUGGAGCUCGAGGGGGCCGGGCUCGGCUGGUGCCGGGGGGCGGGAGCAGCGGCCGGAGAGCCGAGUUUUGCAGCCGGAGCUGCAGCCCACAGCCGCCUCUCUUCGCUCGCUCCUGCUCUCGCUCCCUCGGUGCCGCCGCCUCCUCCUCCUCCUCCUCCUUCCCCUCCGGCUGCCGCCGUGAUGGGCUUUGGGAGCCGGCUGGCCCCUCUGGGCGCCCUGUUCCUGCUGCUGCGGCCCAAGUCGCUGUCCGAAGCGAUCGUGCCCCGGGUCAGCCUGCCUUACGGCUCACAGGAGCGGACAGUGUGGAGGUUUGAAGCAAAGGGCAUCACCAACUACACAGCACUGUUGCUGAGCCAAGAUGGAAAAACACUGUUUGUGGGGGCCCGCGAGGCCCUCUUUGCUCUCAGUAGUAAUAGCAGUUUCCUGCCUGGGGGGCAUUACCAGAAGCUGUUGUGGCCUGCCGAUCCAGAGAAGAAACACCAGUGUGUCUUUAAGGGAAAGGAUUCACAGAGGGACUGUCACAACUACAUCAAGCUUCUCCAGCCACUCAACAGCAGCCAUUUGUACACCUGUGGUACAGCUGCCUUCAGCCCAGUCUGUGCCUACAUAAACAUUCAGAACUUCACCCUGGAGCGAGAUGGAACGGGGAACGUCCUGCUAGAGGAUGGGAAAGGCCGCUGUCCAUUUGACCCAGAGUACAAAUCGACAGCCAUCAUGGUUGAUGGCAAGCUCUAUGCUGGAACAGUCAGCAACUUCCAGGGGAACGAGCCAACCAUCUCCCAGAGCCAGGGUAAUCGCCUCACCCUCAAGACUGAGAACUCCCUCAACUGGCUUCAAGACCCAGCCUUUGUGAGCUCCGCUUACAUUCCUGAGAGCCUGGACAACCCACGGGGGGAUGAUGACAAAAUCUACUUCUUCUUCAGUGAGACUGGCAAGGAGUUUGACUUCUUUGAGAACACUGUUGUGUCCCGAAUUGCCCGUGUGUGCAAGGGGGACCUUGGUGGGGAGAGAGUACUGCAGAGACGCUGGACAUCUUUCUUGAAAGCCCAGUUGCUUUGCUCCCGGUCAUCUGAUGGUUUCCCCUUCAAUGUGCUCCAAGAUGUCUUUGUGCUGAGCCCUAGCCCUAAGGACUGGCAAGAUACCCUCUUCUAUGGAGUCUUCACUUCACAAUGGCAUCAAGGAGCUGCAGGAGGCUCAGCCAUAUGUGUCUUCACCAUGCAGGACGUAGAGAGUGCCUUCAAUGGUCUCUAUAAGGAAGUAAACCGAGAAACGCAGCAGUGGUAUACAGUGAUGGAGUCACCAACACCCCGGCCAGGAGCGUGCAUCACUAACAGUGCCCGGGAAAAGAGAAUCAAUUCCUCUUUGCAGCUUCCUGACCGUGUACUUAACUUCCUCAAAGAUCACUUUUUGAUGGAUAGGCAGGUCCGAAGCAGCCCGCUGCUGCUGCAGAACAGGGCCCGUUAUCAGCGCCUCUCAGUGCAUCGAGUCCCUGGGCUGCACCAUACUUAUGAUGUCCUCUUCUUGGGCACAAGCGAUGGCCGACUACACAAAACUGUGAGCUCAAGGCAGAGGGUACAUAUUAUUGAGGAGAUCCGGCUCUUCCCACCUGACCACCCUGUACAGAAUUUACUGUUGGAUCCCCAAAGAGGGCUGCUGUAUGCUUCCUCCUACUCGGCUGUGGUUCAGGUGUCUGUGGCAAACUGCAGCCUGUACACAAGUUGUGGGGAAUGCAUCCUAUCCCGAGACCCUUACUGUGCUUGGAGUGGUACCAGUUGCAAGGAUGUCAGGCACUACCGGCCCGAGCUGGCCUCACAGCCAUGGGUACAGGACAUUGAAACUGCCAACACCGAACAACUCUGCAACAAGUCUGCAUUCAGCCCCCAACCUCCUACGUCGUCAGGUGAGACACCGUGCAAGCAGGUACGCUUCCUGCCCAACACUGUUAACACGCUAACCUGCCGACUGCUCUCGAACCUCGCAUCCCGACGCUGGCUACACAACAAGGCCCCCAUUAACAACUCUGCCUCUUACCGUGUGCUGCCCAGUGGGGACCUGCUUCUGGUGGGCAGCCAGGACGGGCUGGGCUCUUUCCAGUGUUGGUCCAUGGAGGAGAACUUUCAGCAGCUGGUGGCCAGCUACUGUGUGGAGGCUACCGAGGAGGCUUCAGAUGGAGAGGAGGGCUCUAUCAUCCCCCUUAUCAUCAACACCUCCCGCGUGAGCUCGCCUGCCAAUGGCAAGGCCGCUUUGGUGCCUUACAAGACUUAUUGGAACGAGUUCCUGCUGAUGUGUGGUCUGUUUGGAUUUGCCGUUGUACUUCUAGCUCUCUUCUUCCUUUAUCGACACCGAGAUAACAUGAAGGUCUUCCUCAAGCAGGGAGAGUGUGCCAGUGUACAUCCUAGGACCCGCCCAGUGAUGAUGCCCUCUGAAAACCGCUCCCUCAAUGGAGGCGGCCCCCCCAGUGCCCUGCCUGAUCACAAAGGUUACCAGGCCCUUGCUGACAGCUCUCCAGGACUGCGAGCUUUCACGGAGUCAGAAAAGAGGCCGCUCAGUGUUCAGGACAGCUUUGUAGAGGUGUCUCCUCCGUGUCCCCGGCCCCGGGUGCGGCUGGGCUCUGAGAUCCGUGACUCCGUGGUAUGAGCACAGGUGAUGGGCGAACACCAACUUUUGCCCUAGGGACUAGGACUCCAUGUAGAAUGGCCAGGCCUUUCUGUUCCUCAUCAAAGAGCACCCAAAAGUCAAAGAACGGAGCUAAUUAGUGGGGCAGCUCCCUUCUACUUCCUAAGGGAGUCUCUGGGGAUGUGCACCAGCCAGAGAGAGAAGGAUCAUCAGCCUUAUAGCCUGCCUUGUAGCCUCCUCCCCUCAACCAGGAAUGAAAGAGAGGUGGUUUUGCUGGCCCUGGGUGAUUACCUUGAAGCUCCACAUAUUGAAUCUACAACCAGAAGGCCCCUAGAGGGGGCCCAGUUGUUCAGGAAUGUCUUUCACUCCUCAGUCUUUGCUAUGAGACUGUUCUGUCAGACUAGCUCUCCUGAGCCCUUUUGAAAACAUUUUUCUUUAAAAAAGAGAGAAUGUGAAAUAAGUGGGAGGGAUGAGAAGUGAUCAAGAACUUUCCUUUGAGCCUUGUUCUGGAAAGGCUUCAGUUCAUGGGCUCCCCCUUCCUUACAAUUUCCUUGGGGCAUUUUGGAUGUACCAGGAGAAUAAGAUUGCCUGAGCCUGAGUUUGAAAUACUACAUCUCUUCUUCAAUGUGCCUCCUUUCACUUCUUCCUGUGUUCUGCUGCCAAAGUCAAUCACUGCAGAGCUCCAGGGCUAUCCCUGAGGCCCCCAAGGAGUCUGGUCCUUCCAUGCCAAGGACCCUUGAGUGUGAGAAAGCCAAACCAGAGCACACUUUCUCCUACCUCCACAGAACUGUCAAGCUAUAGACAACAGGAGAAUUGUUAUAUCACUGCCAAACCUGCCAAGCCACAGAGACUAGUAGUGGCUUUUCUACAUGCUCUCUUGGGACACUAGAGGGCUGGCAUAAGGCUGCUGUCAUUACUAUAUUAAUAAGGGAGGAGAUAGAAUCACACUCCAUUUUUUGAUGGAGUUCAUGUUCAUCAAAGACUAGACUGUCUUCUCUUCCUGAUAACCUAAACGAACCACUAUGUCCCCAUUCUUCUUUGUCCUCUGACCCUUGGACUUCCUUAUUUCCAUAAAUGACUAACUUCCCAAGCUGAAUAAUUAUCUGGCCCUUUGUGCUGUUUCUACCCAAAGGAACAAUGACACUGCCCAGUCCAGGGGCCAAGAAUCUAUGUGGGUUUUGUAUCUUUUUUUUUUUUUUUUUUUAUAAAAUGCACUUUACUUUUUUUUUUUUUUAAUAAAAU